AUGGGCAUGACCAUCGUCCCGGAUCACGUCGGCCACUGGGAAGACACCACGCAGGCGAUCGUCAGCUUCCCGCUUCGACUUGAUCGGUUGGCCCUCGAACACGUCAACUCCUCAUUAGUUCACGUGUACGUGACGCAGACCCCCGCGGGUACUUUGAACAAGACGUUCGCUUCGUACGGCUACGGUUGCAACUGUGGCCCUAGAUCGACAUGCUCGAAGUCGGACUGUGUGAACAAGGCCAAGUACGGCUCAACCUCGGCCGGCAGUGACGUUGUCUUCAUCGUCCACCCAGACCCCAAGCGUCCGGGUUACAUCGUAACCUGUGCAGAAGUGAGCUCUGUGUGUUUGUGGCUGUAUCUGUGA